GCUGUUCUUCCGCUCCUUCUCACUAUCACAUCUCAAUUACCUAAUUCUCUCUUCCAAUCUUUAUUCAUUUCUUCUCGCACUCACAACUCACAACCAUGAUCAAUGCUGCACCAGCGUUAUGCACAACCAUCAACUCAAUUCCAAGAUUUUGAUACUUUGAUUUCCCGGCUUACCGAACAGGCGGUGGAGAGGAACAAUGUCGUCCAGCCAGGAUCCGUCGACGCUGAAUCGGCGGCCGUCCAGGAGCUCCGCCAUGACGACGUUCUCCAUGGAGGUGUUCGAUAACGAAGUCGUGCCCUCCUCCCUCGCCACCAUCUCGCCAAUUCUCAGAGUCGCCAACGAGAUCGAGACCGAGCGUCCCAGGGUUUCAUAUCUCUGUAGGUUCUAUGCCUUCGAGAAAGCUCACAGGCUGGACCAGAGUUCCACCGGCCGUGGCGUCAGGCAGUUUAAGACGUUGUUGCUGCAGCGAUUGGAGCGGGACAAUCCAACUAGUCUGGCCUCUCGGCUUAAGAAGACAGAUGCGAGGGAAAUUCAGUCCUAUUAUCAGCAAUAUUAUGAACAUUAUGUCAGAACUCUCGACCAAGCGGAUCAGGCUGACAGAGCCCAGCUCAGCAAAGCUUACCAGACUGCUGGGGUACUAUUCGAAGUGCUUUGUGCCGUUAACAAGACUGAGAAGGUCGAAGAAGUUGCUCCUGAGAUUAUCGCGGCUGCCAGAGAUGUCCAGGCGAAGACGGAGAUUUAUACGCCUUACAAUAUUCUUCCUCUGGAUGCUGCUGGUGCUUCCGUGCCUAUUAUGCAAUUUGAAGAGAUUAAGGCUGCUGUUUCUGCGCUUUGGAAUACUCGUGGCUUGAACUGGCCUUCUUCAGUCGAGCAACACAGGCAUAAAACCGGAGAUCUAGACAUGCUUGAUUGGCUCAAAGCCAUGUUUGGUUUCCAGAGGGACAACGUCAGGAAUCAGAGAGAGCAUCUGAUUUUGCUUCUAGCUAACUCUCAUAUAAGGCUACACCCUAAACCCGAGCCUUUCAACCUGCUUGAUGAUCGUGCUGUGGAUUCAGUGAUGAAAAAUCUCUUUAAGAAUUACAAAACAUGGUGCAAAUUCUUGGGACGAAAACAUAGUUUAAGACUUCCUCAAGGACAGCAAGAGAUACAGCAGAGGAAGUUGCUUUAUAUGGGCUUGUAUCUUCUUAUCUGGGGUGAAGCGGCCAAUGUUCGCUUCAUGCCAGAGUGUCUAUGCUACAUAUUUCACAAUAUGGCAUAUGAACUGCAUGGUUUAUUGGCUGGAAAUGUCAGCAUUGUUACCGGUGAAAAUAUCAAGCCUUCUUAUGGUGGUGAUGAUGAGGCAUUCCUUCUCAAGGUUAUAACUCCCCUGUACAGAGUAAUUGAAAAAGAAGCCAAGAAGAGCAGACAUGGAAAGGCUCCACACUCAGCAUGGUGCAACUAUGAUGAUCUAAAUGAGUAUUUCUGGUCAUCUGAAUGCUUUUCUCUUGGAUGGCCCAUGCGUGAUGAUGGUGAAUUCUUUAAAUCAACAAGUGAUUUAACACAGGGAAGAAAGGGUGCUCCAAGACAAUCUGGAAAAACUUGCAAAUCAAAUUUUGUUGAGACACGAUCAUUCUGGCACACCUUCCACAGCUUUGAUCGUAUGUGGACCUUUUUCUUACUGGGUUUGCAGGUGAUGUUCAUUAUGGCUUGGGAAGGGAUUUUGCUAUCAGAUAUAUUUCAGAAGGAUGUCUUAUAUAAUCUCUCAAGUAUAUUCAUCACAGCAUCCAUUCUGCGCUUGCUUCAAAGUAUCUUGGACCUGAUCCUGAACUUUCCAGGCUAUCAUCGAUGGAAAUUCACUGAUGUGCUGAGAAAUAUUCUGAAAGUUUUUGUCAGUCUUUUUUGGGUUAUCAUUCUUCCACUCUUCUAUGUUCAUUCCUUCAAUGGGGCACCUGAGGGUCUGAAGCAGUUGCUUUCCUUUUUCAAUCAAAUAAAAGGCAUUCCACCAUUGUACAUGCUGGCAGUUGCAUUAUAUUUGGUUCCAAAUUUACUAACAGCUAUUCUGUUUCUUUUCCCAAUGCUAAGGCGUUGGAUAGAAAACUCAGACUGGCUCAUUGUUAGACUCUUCUUAUGGUGGUCUCAGCCAAGAAUCUAUGUAGGAAGAGGAAUGCAUGAAAGUCAAUUUGCUCUCCUAAAGUACACUAUAUUCUGGUUGCUGCUUUUGACUUGCAAAUUUUUAUUCAGUUUUUUCGUCCAGAUAAAACCUCUAGUUAGGCCAACAAAGGAUAUAAUGAGCAUUCGACAUGUUAAUUUUGGCUGGCAUGAAUUUUUUCCCUAUGCUAAAAAUAACUAUGGUGCAGUGGCUGCACUCUGGGCUCCUGUACUUUUGGUUUAUUUCAUGGACACUCAACUUUGGUAUGCGGUCUUCUCAACUUUAUAUGGUGGUGGUGUUGGAGCCUUUGAUCGUCUAGGAGAGAUACGCACUCUGGAAAUGCUAAGAUCACGGUUUCAGUCAUUGCCUGGUGCAUUCAACACAUGCUUGGUUCCUUCUGAUAAGAAGCAAAGAGGGAGAUUCUCUCUCUCAAAGCAAUUUGCUGAGAUUUCUGCAAGCAAAAGAAAUGAAGCUGCCAAAUUUGCCCAAUUAUGGAAUGAGAUUAUUUGCAGUUUUCGCGAGGAAGAUCUCAUAAGUGAUAGGGAGAUGGAUCUUUUGCUAGUUCCUUACUCAUUGGGUCAUAGUCUGAAAAUAAUUCAGUGGCCACCAUUUUUGCUUGCGGGCAAGAUUACUGUAGCACUGGAUAUGGCAACUCAGUUUCGAGGGAAGGACUCUGAUCUUUGGAAGCGCAUAUGUGCAGAUGAAAAUAUGAAAUGUGCUGUGAUUGAAUGCUAUGAAUCCUUUAAACAUGUUCUACAUGAUCUAGUGACAGGAGAAACUGAAAAAAGUAUAAUUUCCAUCAUCAUUAAAGAAGUCGAGAGCAACAUCUCAAAGAAUACACUUCUUACAAAUUUCCGUAUGGGCUUUUUACCCUCCCUUUGUAAGAAGUUUGUGGAGCUUGUGGAAAUCUUGAAAAGUGGAGAUGCAUCCAAGCGGGGUACAGUGGUGGUCUUGCUGCAAGACAUGCUAGAAGUGGUUACCGAUAUGAUGGUGAAUGAAAUCAGCGAAUUGGCAGAACUUAAUCAAAGUAGUAAGGAUACAGGACGACAAGUUUUUGCUGGUACAGAGGCAAAACCUGCUAUACUGUUCCCUCCUGUGGUUACAGCACAAUGGGAGGAACAGAUAAGACGGCUUUAUCUACUCUUGACUGUAAAGGAAUCUGCCAUUGAUGUUCCAACAAACAGCGAAGUACGCAGAAGGGUUGCAUUCUUUACCAAUUCUUUGUUUAUGGAUAUGCCACGUGCUCCUCGAGUACGUAAAAUGCUCUCAUUCAGUGUCCUAACUCCAUACUACAGUGAAGAGACUGUAUAUUCUAAGAAUGACAUUGAGGUUGAUAAUGAAGAUGGCGUGUCAAUCAUAUAUUACCUUCAAAAGAUCUUCCCUGAUGAAUGGAAUAACUUCUUGGAGCGACUUGAUUGUAAGAAAGAUAGCGAGGUAUGGGAAAAAGAUGAGAAUAUAUUACAGCUACGUCACUGGGCCUCAUUAAGAGGACAAACUCUUUGUAGGACAGUUAGGGGAAUGAUGUACUACCGGCGGGCAAUAAAGCUCCAGGCAUUUCUUGAUAUGGCUUCUGAAAAGGAGAUACUCGACGGCUACAAAGCUAUUGCAGUUCCUUCUGAGGAAGAAAAAAAGAGUCAUAGAUCCUUAUAUGCCAGUUUAGAGGCUAUGGCUGAUAUGAAAUUCACAUACGUUGCUACCUGUCAGAACUAUGGGAAUCAGAAGCGCAGUGGAGACCGCCGUGCAACAGAUAUCCUGAAUUUGAUGGUUAACAAUCCCUCACUUCGUGUUGCAUAUAUUGAUGAAGUUGAAGAAAGAGAAGGUGGAAAAGUACAGAAAGUUUAUUAUUCUGUAUUGGUCAAAGCUGUGGAUAAUCUUGACCAAGAAAUAUAUCGGAUAAAGCUUCCGGGUCCGGCAAAGUUAGGAGAAGGGAAGCCAGAAAACCAAAAUCAUGCCAUCAUUUUUACUAGAGGGGAAGCUCUUCAGGCUAUUGACAUGAACCAGGAUAAUUACUUGGAAGAAGCUUUAAAAAUGCGUAACCUUCUGGAAGAAUUUGAUGAGGAUCAUGGAGUGCGCCCACCCACCAUACUAGGUGUCCGUGAGCAUAUUUUCACCGGAAGUGUCUCUUCCUUGGCCUGGUUUAUGUCAAAUCAAGAAACUAGCUUUGUCACAAUUGGUCAAAGAGUUCUUGCAAGACCACUAAAGGUUCGAUUCCACUAUGGUCAUCCAGAUGUUUUUGAUAGAAUUUUCCACUUUACCCGUGGAGGAAUCAGCAAGGCUUCUUGUGGCAUCAAUCUGAGCGAGGAUAUAUUUGCUGGAUUCAACUCAACACUAAGACGUGGAAAUGUGACUCAUCAUGAGUAUAUCCAAGUUGGAAAGGGUAGAGAUGUUGGGCUCAAUCAAAUCUCUCUUUUUGAAGCAAAAGUGGCCUGUGGCAAUGGAGAGCAGAUAAUGAGCAGGGAUAUCUACCGACUGGGGCAUCGAUUUGACUUUUUCCGCAUGCUAUCAUUUUAUUUUACAACUGUUGGAUUUUAUGUUAGCUCAAUGUUGGUGGCUAUUACGGUUUAUGCUUUCCUGUAUGGCAGACUUUACCUGUCAUUGAGUGGAUUAGAAUCUGCUAUAGUUAAGAUUGCUAGGAAAAAGGGUGAUGAUCCAUUAAAGGCUGCAAUGGCUUCCCAAUCUGUUGUUCAAAUAGGUCUUCUGAUGACUCUGCCCAUGGUCAUGGAAAUUGGACUAGAGAGAGGAUUCAGAACAGCUCUAAGUGAGAUCAUAAUAAUGCAGCUUCAGCUAGCACCUGUUUUCUUCACCUUCUCACUAGGGACUAAGAUGCACUAUUUUGGGCGCACUCUUCUGCAUGGAGGAGCAAAGUACAGAGCAACUGGGCGUGGUUUUGUAGUUCGUCAUGAAAAGUUUGCAGAAAAUUACAGAAUGUAUUCUAGGAGUCACUUUGUAAAAGGGUUAGAGCUAGCUAUACUGCUCAUAUGUUAUAAGCUUUAUGGAGCAGCAGCUCCUGGUUUAACAUCAUAUGGCCUUCUCUCAAUAUCAAUGUGGUUUUUGGUAUGUUCUUGGUUGUUCAGUCCUUUCCUUUUUAAUCCAUCCGGAUUUGAGUGGCAGAAGAUAGUUGAGGAUUGGGAUGAUUGGUCAAAAUGGAUAAGUUGUCGAGGAGGUAUUGGUGUUCCUUCAAACAAGAGCUGGGAAUCAUGGUGGGAUGAGGAACAGGAGCAUCUGCAGCACACUGGGAUUUGGGGGAGGAUUUGGGAGGUCAUUCUUUCCCUUCGUUUCUUUCUCUAUCAGUAUGGGAUUGUGUAUCAUCUACAUGUGGCUAGAGGUGACAAGAGCAUCAUGGUUUAUGCUCUGUCCUGGCUAGUCGUAGUAGCUGUCAUAGUCAUCUUGAAGAUAGUGUCAAUGGGUAGAAAGACGUUCAGUGCUGAUUUCCAGCUGAUGUUUCGUCUCCUCAAAAUGCUUAUGUUUAUUGGAAUCGUUGUUAUUCUGGUCUUGAUGUUUACUCUACUUAGUCUCACAGUUGGAGACAUCUUUGUGAGUCUCCUAGCCUUUAUGCCGACAGGUUGGGCAUUUAUACAGAUAGCUCAAGCAUGUAAGCCAUUGGUGAAGGGAAUUGGAAUGUGGGGGUCUGUGAAAGCUUUAUCAAGAGGGUAUGAAUACGUGAUGGGAGUGGUAAUCUUUGCACCAGUUGCCAUAUUAGCUUGGUUCCCAUUUGUUUCAGAAUUCCAAACUAGAUUGCUAUACAACCAAGCUUUCAGCCGAGGGCUUCAAAUCCAGCGCAUUCUUACUGGUGGCAAGAAGAAGGCAUAAGACAACUGAAUCCUUUUUCAGUUUUUUUGUAACAAAGUCCAGACAGAAGAGGAGAUGAAUGUUGCUGCACGCCAAAAAAUUUCAGCAAUCAUGACGUGGAGAAGACUGCAUUGUAUAAGAAUUGUUCAACAUAGUGUUGAUGAGACGGGGAGCUGGAUAUUAUCCAGGCAGCCAAAAGGCCCUGGACACAUUUUCCGACAGUUCUUGCAACAAAUGCUCUAAUAUGUACUCUUAUUUCUGCUUUUCGUAAGAAAAUUUAGUUAAUGAUAGGACUCCAAGAUUACUGGUUAGAGAGGCAGUGACAAGUUUGGUCCAAGUUUCACUGACAGCAGUUCCUACGAGAAAAUACAUUGAAUGAUAUACUUGUGAAAGGAAGCUAGUCAAUUAAUCCUUGAGUAACGAGUAACCAAAUCUUGAGGAUUGCCUCUUUUAGGCAAAAGUGAAGCUGUUAGUGUAAUCGUCUGUUUAACGCUUUUACUAGCUCGAUUAAAUAAAAUUCCUAACGUAGCAGGUGAAAUAGAUCUGAAAUCUGUACUUAACUAGUGUAAUUACAAUUAUGGAAUUAAAGUUCAAAUUUUGAA